AUUCACGACAUGCUCUUGCCGCUACAUGCCGGUCAACCAGUGACGUCACGUUAUAAUAUUUAAGAAUUUGAAAUAAUAUAUUAUCAAAUAAAAACACCUUACUUUAUGCGUUUGCUAUCAACUUCGCACCAAUUAAUUGUUUCUCAGUCGUGUGGGAUAAUAACACAUUAUACAAAGGAGUUGUAAAGCGGUCUUAUCAGCCCAGUGGAUGGUGCCGCAACUCAUGCAACCUUAUUAACUUAAUACCUUUCUCACAGCUGAAACAACAAGCAAAACAACAGCAACUACGAUUUUCUUAUGCGUAAAGUGACGAGAGAAAAGACGAAGAAGAACUGACAACAACAACACAAAGACUACUUGUUGACAAAGCUGUCGGUGGCAACCCAAACGGCUCAAUCGCUUUGCUUUGCUCCAUUUGCAUAUUCUAGAAGUUCAAAACUAGACACAUCAGCACUUUUUUGUCUUACUAUCGCAGAACAAAAUGCGUCAGCUGAAGGGCAGCGUUAAGGAAACGCGUAAGCAAAAAAAGGAGCGCAAAUUGGAGAAUGCUCAAAAUCAAGCGAAAAUUGGAACUAUUGUGCUGCCGGCACUGGGCGCCAUUGCCAUGUUGAUAGUGGCAUUUAUUUACAUGAAGACAAGACCUGCGGUUUUGGCGUAGAAGAUUAAAUAUUUUAUUAUGUACUUGUAAUCGUGUGUAACCCCCCUUUAUGUGUAAUUGCGUCCUUGUUAAAUGUGCAAUUUGAUUUUAAAUAAUGUUGUAAUGCUAAUAAACACCAGUUGAUUAAACAA